ACUGCCGCCCUGUGCCGCGGCCUGCGCACCGGCCCCCGGAGGCUACAGGAACUUGCGGCGAGCGCGAAGGAGGAGGAGAACCGGAGCGCGACCGACCUGAGCCCUUUAAUCCUGCAGAGGAACUCCAUGAGAUGGGAUGGAAAGACCUAUGAAGAGAUUCCAAUAGCUCACAUCAAAGCUACGUACAACAACACCCACAUCCAAGUGGUCAGCUUUGACAACAGGCCAUUUGCCCGUACAUCCUGUGGCACAGAAGGCUUCCAGAAUGCCAAGAAGGGAACUGCCAUUGCGGCACAGACUGCAGCCAUUGCAGCAGCCGUGAAAGCACGUGGGAAGGGUGUGUUGCAUGUACGAGUCAUGGUGAAAGGACUGGGACCAGGACGCAAAGCUGCCAUCAAAGGUUUGACUAUGGGAGGUCUGGAGGUCAUCUCCAUCACUGACAACACGCCGGUUCCACACAACGGCUGCCGCCCACGGAAAGCCAGGCGAAUGUGAGAGGAGAGUGGAAGACAUGAUGCAUUCAAUAUCAGCUCACAAAGGAGAGGCUGGGUUGAAUGUUGCUCCUGUGACAGGUUCUGGAGAGCCAUUCUCCCUGG